AUGUCCGCCCUCGCAGAACAACGCAGGAGUCCCUCCUACGAAGAGAAAUCCGGAAUCGAGCAAACCUCAGAGGUCGAUGAGCUAAACGAUCUCUCUCUGGCCCCGAAACCUCCAUUGCCGUUGGCAUGGAAGGCCGUUAUGGUCAUCUUGACCUGCAUGUGCGCCUUCGGCAACCAUUGGUCCAGUAGUUUGAUUGUCGCCCUCAAGACCACUAUUUUGAAGAAUCUGCACAUCAACAACUCGGAGUUUGCGACGCUCGUCGCGGUGACGAACCUCGUCAACACGUUUCUCUGUGUCGGAAUCGGGUUCUCGAUUGACAAGUGGGGUGGCCCACUUCUGACUGUUAUUCUUACACUUUUCCACCUGGCCGGAUCCCUUGUCAUGGCUGGAUCUGCUACGAAUUCCUUGAGGAGUUACCCGCUUCUUAUUGUCGGAAAGGUGCUGACGUCUAUCGGUGACGGUUCUAUCGACAACGCGCAACAUCGUAUAUUUUCGACGUAUUUCGCUCCGGGCCGCGGCUUUGCUUUCACCAUCGGUGCCAUCUGGUCUGUUGCAAAUCUUGCACAAUUCACGGGCUCGUCCACAGCAAACGUUAUUUCGGCCAAUACGGGGACGUACGCAUGGGCGUUGUGGGUCAGUUCGAUCAUCAGUUUGUUUUCUGUUUUGUGCUCUGUUGCCGUGUUCUUCCUCGACCGAUACCUCCGCACCCGGUAUGAUAUUACCGAUUACACUACCGGAAAGCGACAUUUGGGGGCUACGAAGGCCGGCACGUUCUCUCUCAAAGCGGUUACACAGUUCCCCAUCACUUUCUGGAUCAUUGUGCUUUUCACGGUCUUCGAGAAUGCUGGUGUCCAGUCCUUCGUCGGAAUUUCGACUCAAUUCGCCCAACAGAGACUCAGGAAGGGAGCUGUUAUCGGUGGAUGGGUCUCGAACUUCUACCUGCUGCUUCCAGCUUGUUUGACACCGUUCCUUGGAAUAUUCAUUGAUUUCUACGGAAAUCGGGUCACGUUCUUGUUCCUAUCUGGGACUACGUUCCUGAUCUCUAUGCUUUUGCUCAAGUUCUCCCACGCGGUGCCUACCUUCGUUGCCGCUUAUAUUUUCUAUGCUUUGGCUCAGUGUGUUACUCCAGCACCACAAGUCGAAAUCAUUCGCAACGUCAUACCCGACCCGGCUCUCUUUGCUACCGCAUUCGCCAUUAAGAAGUCCGCGGUGCAAGGUUCCAUUGUGAUCAUCACUACUGCAGCUGGUCGACUCCAGGACAAAGCAAACAACUCGCUUGAUCCCACUAUAUCGCUCUGGCUCGCUUAUGCUUUCAUCUGUUUCUUCGUGUCAGCUACCCUGCUCUCGCUAACCUACCUACCCUUCGGCCAAAAGAUGCUCCCUGGCGCUAGACUCUCACAGGUAGCCCCGAGGAAACUCACUCAGGAAAUCAACAGGUUGGCAGCCAGAGUUGGCUUAGACAGAAAAACGAAGGAAGAUGGUGGUGAAUUGACAGCAAAGGAGAAGGAGAGGAUAUUAAAGUCGCCCAACCCUGGUCGUCCUUAUAUUGUUGGUGUUCUACUGCCCUCGGCCGCGUUUUCGGUGGUUGUAAUUGGUUGGGUUAUCUUUGGUGUUGGUAUAUCAUGGGGUAUCCAUGCCAUGACAAACGGAAGUGCGUCUGGAGACUGA